AGCACAUACAUAGCUAAAAAAUAAAAAUGGAGGGCGGUCACAAGUACCGCGGCGUCCGGCAGCGGCCGUGGGGGAAGUUCGCAGCGGAGAUACGUGAUCCCAACAGGAACGGGGCGCGGCUGUGGCUGGGCACCUUUGAGUCUGCGGAGGAGGCGGCGCUGGCCUACGAUAGGGCCGCGUAUGCGCUGAGAGGUCGUCAGGCGAUUCUCAACUUCCCCAACGACGGCCACUACGCCUCCCCCGCCCCAGCUGCCGAGUCCUCGUCUCGUUCUGCCGCAACGGAGGAGGAACGAGUGAUCGAGCUAGAGUAUUUUGAUAAUGACUUGUUGGAGGAACUUCUCCAAACAAAGACCCGAGGACAGGAUAGAUCUAAGUAAUACUGUAGUAGUAAACUAGUAAUUCAUUUCUUUACUCUUUUUUUCCUAUUAUAUUUAAUGAGAAAGUUAGGUUGAUGAUCAGAAAUGCAAGAAACUAUACUACUAACUAGGAGUAUGUAAAUUAGUUUGGUUACGUACAAUAAUUUUUGCCUUACCAUUAAUAUGUUGUUAUUAACCACA